CAAAAACAAAAACCCUUUCACUAACACAACAAUAGUGUCUUUGCCAAAGAAGAAGAAGAUUGAAUCGAAACGCGGAGUUUCUUUGUCUCUCCCCAACAAAUUAUGGUUCUGAAGAGGAAGAAGAUGGAGCAGCGCUUCACCUUCUUCUUCUGCUGUUGAUUUCAUGGCCACCUCCCAGUCCCAGCAUCGCUGCGUUUUCGUUGGGAAUAUACCGUAUGAUGCCACAGAGGAACAGCUUGUCGAAAUCUGUCAGGAGGUUGGCCCAGUAGUGUCAUUCAGAUUAGUUAUUGACAGGGAAACCGGGAAACCGAAAGGUUAUGGAUUCUGUGAGUAUAAGGAUGAAGAAACAGCUUUAAGCGCUCGACGAAAUCUUCAGGGUUAUGAAAUUAAUGGCCGGCAAUUGCGUGUUGAUUUUGCCGAAAAUGACAAAGGGACUGACAGAAAUAGAGAACAGGGUCGUGGUGGGCCUGGAAUGACAACAAAUGUUGACCCUCAGAAACAAGUUGGUGGCCCAGCUGGGGAAGCUGUUCAGCAUCAGCCUAUUGGUCUUCAUAUUGCCAUAACAGCUGCAACUGUCAUGACAGCAGCUCUAGGCGGUGCUCAGUUUGGCAUCCAGUCAAAUCAAAAUAGUUUGCAGAGUCAGUCAGCAUUGGCACAUGAUCCUUUAACCCUGCAUCUGGCCAAAAUGUCCAGGAGUCAGCUUACGGAGAUGAUAUCUGAACUCAAGGGAAUGGCUACACAAAACAAGGAUCUGGCUCGCCAGCUGUUGCUUUCAAGGCCACAUUUGCCCAAGGCUCUUUUCCAGGCUCAAAUAAUGCUAGGAAUGGUGUCUUCCCAAGUGUUACAAAUGCCAAACCUUAGGCUGGUUUCAGAUCAACCCUCACAGUCUUUAAUGAAUGAAGGUCAGCUGGCUCAGCCACCAUUGGUUCAAACUCUGCCAGGCCUUCCUCCUCAUGGGCAGAGCAAAUUGCAGUCUGGUUUGACACCUUAUGCUCAAGAAGGCCAAGUCAACACCAUACUUCAUAAUCCUCUGGCUCCUAAUCAAUUAACUGCUCAUCCAAAGCCUCCAGUGCAGCCCCGAAUUCCCGUUCAACAACAUCCAAACAACCCUGUACUGCCUGGAACUUUGUCAGGGCAGCCUAAUUUAUUACUUCCUUCUUUGCGCCCAGGUCUGGGAAGUUUGUCUGUCAGGCCUCCAAUUCAACCGACAACUUCAACUGCUCUAAACCAGCAAAUGCAUGUCUCUUUGCUACAAAAUUCUGCACAUGUUGGAAACUCAACUGUCGGACAUAAUAUUCAAAUGGUUCGUCCAGAUGCCAACUUUCAGCCUGGUCCCUCCAUAUCGGUGUCUACUUCUCAGUUAUUGAGUAAAGGUGAUAAAUCUUCUAAUAUAACGUAUUCAAACAUGCCUUUGGGAGUAGAGAAAAAAAACAAUGUUCGUGAUUCUUCAGAAUCUUUUUCUCGCCCAUCAAAGCUCAUGAAAUUGGAUGAGGGAAGGAGUACACCCCUUUCUACUGGGAUGUCAGACGUGCCUGUCACUGAUGGUCCGUCUCAUACCCUUGGAAGAAGCUCAUUGCCUGUACUUGCUACUCCUAAAGCAGAAGGGCAAUACUCUGAGCUACAAUCUUCUCAGCUUCCUCCUGAUGUGGAGUCUGUUUUGCUGCAACAAGUAUUGAAUCUGACACCAGAGCAAUUGAGUUCCUUACCACCAGAGCAGCAACAACAGGUAAUUCAGCUCCAGCAGGCUCUUCGGCGAGAUCAGAUGCAGCCCUCAUAACAAAGAGAGACUCAUGAACAGUUCAGAUAGCAACAACUUAUUGUAUACUAGCAUUUGCUGUAGAUUAGAUUCAGAAUAUUAAAAUUCUUUCUACUACUAUUGCUUCUUUUGUAAUUUGUUUUCUAGUUCAUUGCCCAAAUAGUUGAUGUAGCAUUGAGGAGAUCCACAUGGGCGCUUCUUUAAUCCCUUAGAAGAGAUAUAUUGUACAAUAAUAAUUUUGGCGAUAAUUUUUUUUUUGCUGUUGGCA